GCUGCUAGCUAGCAGCGGCGCGUCAAAACUGGCAGUCAGAUGGUGUCCACACUCUGCUGCAUCUCUUAUCCCUUCAUCCCGGUCUUAACCUCGCUAAAGCUUCUCUUAGCCUCCUUCCAUGCUCAGCAACACACUCAAACCAAAGACUAGACAAAGCAGCUAGGACAGUAAAGCUUAAGUGGUUUGCUAGCUAGCAAGAAGAGCUUUGCCGGCAGGCCGGCGACGGCGACCAUGGACUUCGAUGACCAUGACGACGGCGACGAGGAGAUGCCGCCGAUGCCGGUGAGCUCGAGCUACGAGACUCCGCCGCAGCAUGGCCUUGGCGUUGGCGGUGGGAUGGCGCCCAAGCCUCCCGGCGAGCUUGGCAGCCGUGUGAAGGGUCCCUCCAGCUGCGGUGGCGGCAAGUACCGCGAGUGCCUCAAGAACCACGCCGUUGGCAUCGGCGGCCAUGCUGUGGACGGCUGCGGCGAGUUCAUGGCAGCCGGCGAGGAGGGCACCAUCGACGCGCUCCGCUGCGCCGCGUGCAACUGCCACCGUAACUUCCACCGGAAGGAGUCCGAGUCACUCGCCGGCGAUGGCUCACCCUUCUCCCCCGCCGCGGUCGUCCCCUACGGCGCCACGCCGCACCACCAGUUCUCCCCGUACUACCGCACCCCUGCCGGUUACCUCCACCACCACCAGCAUCACAUGGCCGCGGCAGCCGCCGCCGCCGCCGCCGCGGCAGGACACCCGCAGCGGCCUCUCGCUCUCCCGUCAACCUCGCACAGCGGCCGCGACGACGUUGACGACCUGUCCGGGAUGGUGGGGCCCAUGUCGGCGGUUGGCCCGCUGAGUGGCAUGUCCCUUGGUGCUGGCCCCUCCGGCUCCGGCUCCGGCAAGAAGCGCUUCCGCACCAAGUUCACCCAGGAGCAGAAGGACAAGAUGCUGGCCUUCGCCGAGCGCGUCGGGUGGCGCAUCCAGAAGCACGACGAGGCCGCGGUGCAGCAGUUCUGCGACGAGGUCGGCGUCAAGCGCCACGUGCUCAAGGUGUGGAUGCACAACAACAAGCACACCCUCGGCAAGAAGCUGCCAUGACCGGGAGCAAUGCAUUCGAUCUCCUCGUCGGCAUGCACCAAGCUGAGGUCCCAUGCAUCGAUCCAUCCCAGGUAGCUGAGCUGAUCGACCGGGCGUGGCGGCUAGCUUAGCUUAGCUAGACCCCGGACCCCGGUACGGUAGGUACCUGAACCUUAUUUAUUUAGAGUUGGACUUAAUUAAUUGGUGGCUUAGGUUAAUCUGUAGCAAGAGACUGAGAGAGCAUUCGUUCUCGGCUCUAGGUGGUUCUUUCUUUUCUUCUCUCUUUUAACUGUUGUUCGUGCUGUUUAAUUCCUAUGCAUGGCUUGGCCAUUUGCCGAUUUGGUUCUUCUUGGGAAUGUGCCUGAUGUUUCAAGUGAUCGAUCAGCAGGUGAGGAAUUGUGUCUGGGGAUUGGGGCUA